CUCGCGACAACCACUCUUUCCUGUCGGUAGAGACGAGCAAACCAGGCGCUUGUUGAGGAGCCUGUAAACGGCUAAAAAACACCGGCAACUGACGCGCAGUUUGGUCUCAGCAGUGUGCUUUCCCCCUCGUAACGACCCGAGACCACCAUAAGCUGAACUCUACAAGAACCGAGCCAAGGGUUCGGGCAGACCACCCAGUAUAAGCGAGCAGCUAACGUUAGCGGUGUUUUUGGCUCAUCUAACCGGUCGUGCUAACGCGUUAGCCUCGGAUAGUCAGGUGCAAGCCGACUGCUUCUGCUGCUGCUGAAGGGAGGGAAUCAAGCGUUGGCUUCCAGUGUCGAGCUUCCAUGGAUACAUCGCCCUGGAUCUACCCGGCCCGACGGAAUUAGCGGAGGCUUCUGCUCUUUCCUUCUUCACAUCCACCAGAAUGCCAAGCCCUUCCCCUCCUCAGACAGCCUAGCGAAGGUCCAGGAGGUAGCAAGCUGGCUUUUGGAAAUGAACCAGGAUCUGCUGUCGGGGGGCAGCAGCAGCAGGCGCAGUCGGGGCCUCGGGGGUCAGGCCGUGCGAGGUAACGCCUCCUCCACCACCCGGGCACCACAGCAGGCGGCCGAGGACGAUGAGGACGAGCACGUUAACCGAGUGGUGGAGGAAGAGGAGCUGCGGCAGAGGCCGGAGGUGUCGCUGGCUGACGGCGAGCGGGAGGAGCCGUGGGCCCCCGGCGAGUCCGGAGCCAGCAACGGCUCUCAGGGUGAGGGGGAGGAGGGCCGAGGAGGGCCGCUGAGCGAAGUCACCGGGGACAGCAAGGGAAGCCGGUGGCAGUGGGGGACGGACCAGCAGAGGCAGCUCCAAGGACAGCGCCCCCUGGAGGAGGACGAGGACGAGGAGGAAGAGGAGGAGAACAACAACAGCACCAGUCACCAAGAGGAGGAGGACACAGAGGGAAGGACAGAGGGAGGGGAGGAGCAUGGGAGGGAGGAGGGAGAGGAAGAGGAGGAGGAGGAAGAGGACGAUGAGGAGAUGGACCAAGACAGCGAUGAGUUUGAACAUUCAGCGGAGAGUGGAAGAGAGGAAGAGGAAGAGGAGGGGGGAGAGGGAGAGGGAGAGGAAGGGCUGCGCUCCCCCUCCCUCAGGAACAGCGUGUCCGCCCCCAGUAGGAAUCAGGAGACGGGAUGUCCACACCAAAGUUCUUCCAGCAAGAAGAUGAAGAGAAAGUUGGACCAUGGCCCAGAGGUCCGAUCUUUCCCUUCAGGAAAAAAGCCCUGCAAAGGCCCGGAGUAUCCGAGUCCAACAGGAAUUGUCCCGUGUCCAGCCACACCCACCACCUUCGGCCACAUCAGAGCGGCCAACGGCCAGGGCCAGCAGAGACGACGAAUCACCUCAAUCCAGCCUCCUACGGGGCUCCAGGAAUGGCUCCGAACAUUUCAGAGCUGGAGCGGCCCGGAGAAGCUGCUAGCGCUGGAUGAGCUGAUCGACAGCUGUGAGCCCACACAGGUCAAGCAUAUGAUGCAGGUGAUCGAGCCGCAGUUUCAGCGCGACUUCAUCUCCCUGCUGCCCAAAGAGUUGGCUUUGUACGUACUUUCAUUCCUGGAACCGAAGGACCUCCUGCAAGCGGCGCAGACGUGUCGCUACUGGCGCAUCCUGGCAGAGGACAACCUGCUGUGGAGAGAGAAAUGCAGGGAAGAGGGUAUCGACGAGCCUCUGCCCCCGCGGAAAAGGAAGGUGGCCAAGCCGGGCUUCACCCACAGCCCCUGGAAGAGUGCCUACAUCAGGCAGCACAGGAUAGACACCAACUGGAGGAGAGGGGACCUGAAAUCACCCAAGGUGCUGAAGGGACACGACGACCAUGUGAUCACCUGCCUCCAGUUCUGCGGCAACCGCAUUGUCAGCGGCUCUGACGACAACACACUGAAGGUCUGGUCGGCCAUCACAGGAAAGUGUUUACGAACGUUGGUGGGUCACACUGGGGGCGUGUGGUCGUCCCAGAUGCGAGACAACAUCAUCAUCAGCGGCUCCACCGAUCGCACGCUCAAGGUCUGGAAUGCAGAGACGGGAGAAUGUAUCCACACCCUCUACGGGCAUACCUCAACAGUACGCUGCAUGCACCUACACGAGAAAAGGGUGGUCAGUGGCUCUCGUGACGCCACGCUUCGUGUCUGGGACAUCGAGACGGGUCAGUGUUUACACGUCCUCAUGGGCCACGUGGCGGCGGUGCGCUGCGUCCAGUACGACGGGCGGCGGGUGGUCAGCGGGGCCUACGACUUCAUGGUCAAAGUGUGGGACCCAGAGACGGAGACCUGCCUCCACACGCUGCAGGGCCACACCAACAGAGUGUACUCCUUACAGUUUGACGGGAUCCACGUCGUGAGCGGCUCCCUGGACACGUCCAUCAGGGUCUGGGACGUGGAGACGGGGAACUGCAUCCACACCCUGACGGGUCACCAGUCCCUCACCAGCGGCAUGGAGCUGAAAGACAACAUCCUGGUCUCAGGCAACGCAGACUCCACAGUCAAGAUCUGGGACAUCAAGACGGGCCAGUGUCUCCAAACCCUGCAAGGUCCACACAAGCACCAGAGUGCCGUGACGUGCCUCCAGUUCAACAAGAACUUUGUCAUCACCAGCUCCGACGACGGCACGGUCAAGCUGUGGGACCUGAAGACGGGCGAGUUUAUCCGGAACCUGGUGACCCUGGAGAGCGGCGGCAGCGGCGGCGUGGUGUGGCGCAUCCGGGCGUCCAACACCAAGCUGGUGUGCGCCGUGGGCAGCCGCAACGGCACGGAGGAGACCAAGCUACUGGUGCUGGACUUUGACGUGGACAUGAAGUGACAGGAAGUGGUGUGGGGGAACACGCCGUGGAAGGACGAAGAGAGCGACCUGCAGAGAGAAAGAGAGAGAGAGGAGGAGGGGGACGGGAGCCCGGAGACCCAAAAACUCUUCACCUACACUCAGAGAGUCUGUAAUCACAAAAGCCCGACGUUGUCCCCGUCUACCGUUUGAGUUCCUGCUACGGGCAAACUCAGUUCCUCAGAGUCCAGUCCCCCCUGACCCCCGACCCCUCCUGCUGAAGGUGAUCUGGAGGGAGAAACGGAGCGAACUCUCCUGAACCGGCCGGCUUCGCACAGAGGACCCGCUUUCGCUCGAGUCAGACAGAUUUUCAGAUGUACAGAGAGAUAUUAUUUUUUAAAACUCCCCUACCCACCCAUUCACCCCCUCCCUCCCUCCUAUCAGAGCGCGUGCAUACAGUCAUCACACGGCCAUGAUGACUGGCUUCCCCUCACAGUUCCUCCCAAAGAGCUGCUGGACGUGGUGGUGAGGGGGUGUCGGGGUGGUCCGGUCCAUUUCCGUCACUCUGUUUCCGUUUUCUGCACUCGGGUUUCUGGACUCUGAUUUCUCCACAUAAACACAACUGUGAAUUUCAGGAUCUGAAGAGGUUUUUUUUUUGUUGUUGUUGGUUUUAUGCUUCAUGCAGAAUUUCAGUAUUAGAGGAGGAAUCCGGUCCGGUCCGGUCCAGUCCGGUCUCUGUUACCGUCAGUGCUGAUCAGCUCUGGGGGGAGGGGGCUUCCUCAGAAGCUGGAGGGCUGAGGACAAACACCUGUACUAUCCACUGACCCUGCCCCCCUGACCCCACCCUGCCCUGACCCUGCCCCCCGGAGUGGCCAAACUGAAUCUAAUGCUGCUAGAGGAACCGGAACCAGAGAACGGAGCUUCUACUUGCUGUGACGUUUUAGUCCACAGGCGAAAUUCCUCACAGGACUCUGUACGUUUGGACUUAAACGGACUUAAACCAGAAACGCGACGUGACGUGAUCACCAUCCUCCGACCUUUUUUUUUUUUUUUUUUUUUUUUUUUUGCAUUUGUUUUUUUGUUUUGUUGUUGUUUUUUUUUUUGCCACUGAAACUUGAGCCAAACGUGCCUCUGCGUUUGAGGCUAUGAGGAGGGAGCGCGUCCGACAGAAACUGACAGGAGACACAAACAAGGGGGAAUUGUAACACUGUUAGAGAACGUGCGAGUGUGUGUGUGUGUGUGGGCGUGUGUGUGUGUGUUAAAGCGUGUUAGCUGGCAGCUUGUUAUCACAUUCCUCGGGACAACGCUUCUCCAGCCUGUUCUUUGGGAAAAAUGUCGAAAUGCUGCGUGGACUGGCUUAAAAAAGAAAAAAAAAAGGUUAAAAAGAAAUCAAACUAACAGAUGUACUGAUUUUAACUUGUGAAUGAGAGAAUGGCCCAUAUGUCUGUGUGAGAGACUGUUUUUUUUUUGUUUUUUUUCUUUUGCCCCUCCACAGGUGUCUGAAGCAACAGAGGAGACCACCAUCAAGCAUCAGCUGGCAGGUCGGGCCGCGGCGCGUCUCGGUGUUCCACCGAAACGAACACGGGCAAAACACCUUGUAGCCAAAACAAGUCGUCUCAAAACCUCCCAGAGUCACAGCUCCAGCUGAACUGUGAAAGUGGUAUAACACUGUAUAUUAAAAAAAAGAAAAGAAAGAAAGAAAGAAAACAAUCUCGCUCUAUCUCCUCCUGUUGUUUUCUCCGUCUGUUUUUAAUUUAUGAUCUGGUUUGAGAAAUCAGAUUUGUUGCAGGUGUUUUUAUUUUGUUCAGUUCAUGUAAAACUGCCUGGCAAAAAAACAGCAAAAAAAAAAACAAACAAACAAAACAAACAAACUAAAAAACAGACAAAAAAAAAAAACCUGAAAGGGAUUGUGUAUUUGUUUGAUUCACUUAGAAUUUUAUUUUCUUAUAACUUAAGUGCAAUAAAAUGUGGGUUUUUCUUUUUCAUUUCAAGCAUAUCAGUUGUCUGUUUUUGUUUACCUCUGUGAAGGCAUCUUAUAUGGUCAAUAAAGCAAAACUAUUUGGUUAAAUUCU